AUGUCAGGUGCUACCCCUGUGCUGGAGUUUAAGCAAACCCCAACCCUCCCAUGGCACAUCCCUCUGCAGGAACAAUGGCCUGGAUGGGAAACCAGACUCUCAUCUCCCACUUCGUCCCUGGGCCUCUUCACCUACACACCACUGUACCACUUGCUCUUCUCUAUCAUCAUGGUCAUGUUUCUGGUGGCCCUCUCUGGCAAGGGGCUCAUGAUCCUCCUCAUCAAUGUGGACUCCCGCCUACACAACCCCAUGUACUUCUUCCUCGGCUGGCUGUCACUCAUGGAUGUCAUGCUCAUCUCCACCAUUGUGCCUUGGAUGGCUGCCGACUUCCUCCUGGGCCAGGGCUCCAUCUCUUUCACAGGUUGUGGGCUCCAGAUCCUCUUCUUUCUCACCCUCCUGGGGGAUGAGUGCUUCCUGCUGGCCUUCAUGGCCUACAACCACUAUGUGGCCAUCAGCAACCCAUUGAGGUACUCGGUGGUCAGGAGCCACCGGGUCUGCUGGCUCAUGGUGGGAGGGUCCUGGCUGUCUGGCCUGAAAGACGGGCUGAUCUAGGCUGUCUUCAACCUGCGCUUCGCCUACUGUGGCUCCCAGGAAAUCGACCACUUUUUCUGUGAGGUCCCCGCCGUGCUCAAGCUGGCCUGGGCUGACACCUCCGUCUAUGAGACCAUGAUCUAUGUCUGCUGUGUCCUCAUGCUGCUCCUGCCCUUCUCUGUCAUCUCUGCCUCCUACCUGUGGAUCCUGAUGGCCGUUCUCCGCAUGCGCUCUGCGGAAGGUCGGCAGAAGGCCUUUGCUACCUGCUCCUCCCACAUGGCAGUGGUCUCCCUCUUCUAUGGGGCCGCCAUGAUCACCUACAUGCGGCCCCAGAUCUACCACUCCUCCAAGCAGGACAAAGUGAUCUCUGCCUUCUAUACCAUGAUCACCCCUAUGCUCAACCCACUUAUCUACAGCCUGAGGAACAAGGAAGUGGCUGGGGCUCCCAGGAAACUCCUGGGGAGAUGUCCUUGUGGUGGGGGGGCAGGAGUAGGUUGUCACUGGCUCCUGCAGAUGUGGGCCCUGGGGCCGGGGAACCUGGAUUAG